AUGUCGCAACAGCAAGAGGGGCGCUAUCCGCCAGGCAUCAUGGUCGACCGCCGGCCACUCAUGCAGGAGUCCUCGGACCUCUCUGAGAGCUCAGACAACACGCCCGCCCUGCCUUCGCUCGGCUUCUCCAGCAACUCCCAUACUCUCGGGCUUACUACCCCGCCGCCUGCGCGACCGCACUACGCACGGCUACAGAGCGAUACCACCGCCGUCGGUCGCAACACACCAAGUAUCGUACAGGAGGAGGACGAGGAAGAAGACAUUGCAGACGGCUUCCAACGCGGCAAGGACAAUGGACUAGGCAUAGCAACAUCCCCUGUCGCGACAACGCAGACCGCCAGGCGCGUUAGCAUACAACCCAUCCCGCGACGAGCCGUCGGUCCUGGCCCCAAGAGCCCGCCCACCAAGAGCCCCGGCGCAUUCUCGCCUCUAGGCUCAGCCGACCCAUACUUUGGAGGCUUCCCCAAGAGCUCAAACGAGUCCACACCCGAUCUGCGACGAGACAGGUUCAGCCCCGAUGUUGGUAGAGCAAGUCCUGACGUCGGCACGUACGAAGAGUUUCGGCACGGCAUACUCAAGAACGCAAAGCAAAGCAACAGCAGCAUAAAUGAGUACGAAACAUACAUACAUUCCGCUGAUACCGAUGGACUCCGAGGAGGAGGCGCCGCUCCCUCGAUCAAGUCAGCAUACGAGAACGACUUUCGCCCAAUUCAUGAAUGCGCGACGACACGAGACUUUUACCACCCACGCAUCACCUGGCUCAAUUUGUCUUUGAUUGUCAUAUCGCUGUUCUCGUGCUUGUUCUCUGGCAUCUUCUUGGCCCUGGCUAUCCGUGCCCCUCAUUAUGGGCGGCGCAUUACUAGCCAUGGGCCUAUUACGCCCGCCGAUGCUAUCCUACUCACGACGGUCAUGGCCAAGCUUAUUGAGUUGUCUUUUGUGACGGCAUUUGUGGCUUUCCUUGGGCAGGUGCUUAGUCGGAGGGCGUUUAUGAAGGAUCAUGGGAGGGGGGUUACGUUGUCGGAACUUACUGCCGCUACUGUUCAGCCUAUGCUAAGAGAUGGUAAUUGGGAUAACGGCCUGGUUCUGGCUGGCCGUGUCAAAAGCGAUUUCGCAAACAUCAACUACCUCAAGGAAAUGUGUCAAACGCCCAUUCGAACCGACCAGAAAGCUCAAGGAGAAACUUGUCUACAGAUGGAACACGCUGGCCAAGGAUACCACAACUUUCAGCGCUACCUCUCGGAUUGGGAUCUAUCAGCCAGGAACGGCAACGGCACUUCAAUCCAGAAGCUACGACCGCAGGGCUUUGGGCUUCUGUACGAGAACACUACGGUCACUGGGCAAUGGAUCGAUAUUGUCAACACUACUGAGGUUUCCCAGAAGUACGGUAGGGUUAUCAACAAUGUGACAAUGGCAAUGCCUCAUUCAGGCGUGUUCGCUGCUGCCCGCGACCAAAGAAACGGAAUCCUGCAGCCUGAAGAGCUAAACUCCGAAGGAACCUACUCGUUGCGCGCUUCGGUGCCGUCACCAGUAUUGAACGUAUUAUGCGUAAACAUGAACAGGACCGAGCUGGAGCCUAUUGUAUACGACGCCUGGAACGAUGAGGUGGUCGAUCUUCUUUCUUGGGGAAACGUUCCCGGUAUCAGGGACAACGCGACCACAACCAACCAAACUGUGGUGGAUGACAUCUUCGGCUGGGACGUUAACGACACAACAACCACGAUGAACUGGCCGCCCGUCUUCGGCAAAUACCCCUUGCCUUUCAACACAAUCAUGAACCACACUAGCUUUGCCUGGGGACGAUCCGCAAUCUACCUGCUAGGACAAGGAGGACCAGAUGAUGUUGGCAUGGAUGGGACAGGCAUCUUCUCAUUGUGCAAAUUACACCUCACGGUGAGACCAGGAUGCAGUACACGUCAUAAUGUCACCGGCUCGGGCGCGACUAUGGAAGCGCUUUGCGAAGACCCCAACGACAAAAAGGCCUUCGUCGAGACGGGCGAAGAAGUCAGCGUCAAUACAAAGGGCGUGGCUAAUUGGCGCGACAUAGGUACUGACUGGUCCAACAGUCUGUCACUCGGCACAGGCCUCAUGGAUGCAAAUGCGAGUACAUCCAGACUAUUGACACAAUUGGUAUUGAAGCCUACCAAUCCGGAUCCAGAAAACCUUCAGGUCGACCUAAGCAAUGCCAUACCCAGUUUAGGGGAGGCCCUGGCUGUUUUGGCUGGAUGCACCUUGCUGUUGAGUAUGGUGGAUACGCCUUUUGUGACGUUCUGGAACUAUUCCCACCCUAUGCUCGACGAGUACCAAACGCAAUACUUCAACGCCUCGCUCAAAGCCCAACAAUAUGCAUCCGGGGGCAUGCCCGGCGCUUCCAAAGCAUGGGUACUCAUACUUGCUCUCGUCUUCGCCAUGAACGUCUUUGUCCUCAUCUACUUCAUCUUCCACCGCGGCCUGGUGACAGACUUUUGCGAACCGCCCAACCUCUUUGCCCUCGCCGUCAACUCGCCCCCAUCGCACGUCCUCGCCGGAUCUUGUGGCGGCGGCCCAGAAGGAAAACAAUACAUGGUAAACUGGUUUGUAAACCACGAGGGCAACCACUUAUACAUGGAGCCCGGCGAGAAAUCCCACCUCCUCGGUGGCCACGGCCACGGCCAGCCGCACGUCCACAUGCAUAGUCAUACCCACAGCCCACUCCAUGAAGCUCCACCAAGAGAAGGCAAAGGUGUGAAUGGCUUCUUCGCCCAGAUAGCCGAAACGGUCAAACGUAGAUUCAGUAUGAGAGAGCGUUCUGCGCCGACGAAGCUUCGGCCAGCUAGUGCGGUGGAGAGUCUCAGACCCCCUGUGACUGUGAGGCCCGGGAGUAUAGCGUCGGAUUAUGAGAUGGAGGAUGGGCAGACAAGGACGUCGAGGCAGUAUCAGAAGUUGGCGAAGAGGAGGAGUAUGCUCUGA